UCGCAACUGGGCUAAGCAAUAAAACAGUGUGAUUGAGUGUGAUAAUUUAAAUAUAGGUUACAAUAGGUUAUGUUUUCUUGAAGAGUAACAAUAAAGACUAAAAAUGUCUGUUUAUUUAUUAAAACUUUGUUCCGAGCAUCUAAGACCUCGCAGACUCGUAUUUCCAAAGAGGCUCUCAACGCAGGUGGCGCAAAAAGAGGAAACUUCAUCAGAAAAUGAGAGUUUGAAAGUGUUUGAGAAACUGUCCUCAAUAUACCAGAAGAAGUAUGAGAAGAAGCCCCAGAAACCACCAUUCGUCAAGAACUUAUUUGUUGGUGAAGUUGAUACAGACCUAUUAGCAUAUCCUGAAGCUAUUGACAAAGAGGAAUUGAUAAAGUUGGAAAAUGCCUUGUUACCUGUAGAUUUCCAUUUUAGUCAGGAAUCUGAAGGUGUAGGUUUAACAAAAAGUGUUAUAGAUAAAUUAGCUAGUAUGAAGUUAUUUGGAUUGCAAGCACCACAACUUGAAGGUGGAAGUGAACUGAAGAUUUCAGAGGUGCUCAGGUAUUAUGAGUCAAUGGGAAAACAGUAUAAUAACAUUGGUGCAGUGCAUCAUGAAUCAUGUGGAGUAAACAAUUUAUUGAAGCUGGGAAAUGAAAACCAGCUGAAAAAAUAUCUGCCAGAUCUUAUCAGUGGUAAAAGUAUAUGUACUUUAUGCACUCCAGACAAUAAGAUGUCCAAUAUGGAAGUUCAAAUGCAAGCUACAUUUGAUGCAAACAAAAAUGUUUGGAUUUUAAAUGGACACAGGACAAAAGUAAUUAAUGGCAGCAAUGCAGAUUUGUUCAUUGUUUUUGCUGAAACUGAGGAUAAGGUGAGGAAGGGUACAAAACAUGUAACUGCAUUUAUAGUUGAUAAAUUAUUUGGUGGAAUAACAACAAAACCAGUGGAGUGCCAUGGGCUUAAGGAAACUGAUAUUGCUGAUGUUACUUUUGAAAACACACAUAUACCUGCAGAAAAUGUCUUAGGGAAAGUGGAUAGAGGUGAAAAAAUGCUUGCUGGUAUAUUGUCAGAGAUGUGGUUGAGUUCAGGAUCAUAUAGUAUUGUACAAACUAAAGCACUGCUGAAUAAGUUUAUUCAGCAUUGCAAAGAUAUCAGCACAAAAUCAGAAAACCUGGCUACAAGUGAGAUUGUAAAAAAGAAAGUAGCUGAGAUUACUUGUUCUUUGUACGCGAUGGAAAGUAUGACUUAUAUGACUGGAGCGUUGAUGGACCAAUACGAGGAUCAGGAUUGUGACUUAGAAGCAGCUAUCGUGAAGGCAUAUUGCGCCAAGUACACGCACGAAGCGGCACUCAGUUGUUUAAGUUUAAUUGGAAGUCCGGGCUUUGAGGAAGGCCAUUGGUGCAAUGAGAUUUACAGAAAUUCGCUCAGUAAUUUGAUUUUAGUAGAACCUAUGGAUCAUUUGAAGCUAGUGAUUGCGUUGCAAGGAUUGCAGCACGCCGGUAUUAUCAUACAAGAGCAGGUGCGCAAGAUUAGGAAUCCGUUUUACCAUGCGACUGCUAAUUUGAUCAGAAUGUGGACGAAAAGGAAAGAUCACGAGGAUAGACCUUCGCUUAAUCUGAAGCUUAAAGAAUAUUUUCAUCCAUCGUUGAUGAAUCAAGCUAAUAUAUUAGAGUAUUCUAUAUUAAGGUUGCAAUACGUCACUGAGGUUCUAUUAGCUGACGAAGGGAUGGAAGUCGUUACGAAACAUGUGAAUUUGAUGAGAUUAGCUGAUUGUAUUUUGGAAAUAUACGCAAUGGUUGCGAGUUUAGCUCGAGUUUCAAGAUCGUAUUGUAUAGGAUUAACAAAUGCAGAGCACGAGAUAUUGCUGACGGAAUCGAUUUGUAUGAACGCUGUGUUAAAAGUCAAAGCUAAUGUCACUGCCAUCGACAUCGGUUAUUUAAGUAACAGCGAUGCGGGGCAUUUUGCAGUUGCCCAAAGGACGAUGGACAUUGGUCAUUACUUCCCGGAACAUCCCAUGGCCAAGAACUAUUAACAUUUAUUUGC